AUGUAUAACUCAAGUGAGUUCCUGCAUAGCGCCGGUGUUAGCCGGCAUAUGCAGGCUACUGGUGAGGCUCCUUCGCAGAAAACCAGCAUGAAGCGGCGUUCUUGCGAAGUUCCUUUGGGUGAUAUUUCGUCCAAUAACUUCAAAGUAUCACUAGGCGAUAUCACAAAUAUUGACAAUAAUUAUGAUUGUCGGUCACUUCGGUCUGUCAAGUCUGAAGACGCUAGAUUACGAUACUACCGACCAAUAGACAGUCGGAGUGUGAAGAACUUCAGAUCAUCCUUAGCUGAUAUUUCUACUCUAUCACGGCCUCCUAGUUAUGACCAACUGUCCCGGCGAUCCCUAGUGGAAGGCCCCGAAGGGUUAGGCAUGACGUCCAGCAUCGAAGGAGUCCUCUGGUCCGAUGAGGAGGAGACGGAGUAUUUCUACCACGAGAACAUCACAACAGCAUGGAAUCAAGAUGGACCCUCCAGGCAAGGCAUUCCACCCAAGGGACCUGGGCUUGUGUUCGACAUUGAUCUUAAUCAAGAUGAGACUGAGACCACUGCUUUGAACCACCGGCCAGUCAACCCCAGACCUCAUUACAUGCUCACAGAAGAAGACCAUUGCACUCCAAACCUCUUCACAUCCUAG